CGCGGCCAAUGUAAACACAAAAGUCCGUUUGGUCGUAUGUUCUCAUUUGUCUUCUCUCAAAGUCAACAGUCAACUCCAAAAGUCUCCUCCGGACAACUCUCUUCCUCCUCCUUUUAACCACAAAUCCAGAUGACAUCGAUUUAAGUUAACUGAGAACUCUCCGGCAACUACCAAACAAAAAUGGAAACUUCCCGUUUUACCCUACCCUUUCUUCUUGUCGCCACCUCCUUCUUCCUCUCCCUGUCCGCCCAAAUGACCGGAAACUUUAAAUGCGGCAAACCCCGCGACUCAAACACCACGUGUCGCUCUCUUGUCGGCUACUCACCAAAGAACGCCACAACGUAUGGCAAUAUCCAAACCCUCUUCGCCGUGGAGAAACUCCGUUCGAUCCUGGAAGCCAACAACCUCCCACUCUCCACCACAGGCGCUCAGCGCGUGAACCCGAACCAAGUCGUACGCAUCCCGAUCCCUUGCACGUGCUCAAACGGAACCGGUGUCUCGACCGGUGUUCCGGUUUACACCGUCAAGCAAGGGGACACGCUCUUCUUCAUCGCGUCUGAGAUUUUCGGAGGGUUGGUUCGUUUCCAGAGGAUCAGUGAGAUGAACAAGAUUCCCGACGCAAACGACAUCGAUAUCGGUCAAAGGCUUUGGAUCCCUUUGCCUUGUAGCUGCGAUAAAGUGAACGGUCAAGUUGUUGUCCACUAUGCACACGUGGUCAAACCCGAAAGCUCCCUCGGUGUGAUCGCUGCUCAGUUCGGAACUGACAACACGACGUUGGCUCAGCUCAAUGGGAUCUCCGGCGAUGCUCAGCUCCUAGCUGAAUUCCCUCUUGACGUUCCUCUCAGAGCCUGUAGCUCUUCUGUAAGGAACAACUCGUUGGAUGCUUCUUCUAUGCUUUUGCCUAAUGGAUCAUACUCCAUCACUGCAAACGAUUGCAUCAGGUGCUCUUGUGAGGCGUCAAACAAUUGGACUCUAAGCUGUGAAGCUGCUCAGCUUAAGCCUACGACCUGGCCAACUUGCCCACCUUCACAAUGUCAAGGAGCAGAGAAUUUGUUUCUAGGUAACACGACUAGUACCUCCUGUGGACCUCGUUCUUGCACCUAUGCUGGUUACUCAAACCAGACAAUCUUCACAACCCUUUCUCCAGAUCCCUGUUCAGGUUCUGGUGGUUCUAGACCAUCUGGUAACUAUGCUUCAACGUUCAGCCCAAGCUUCAGUUUCAUGGUGGUGUUGAUUCAGUGUGCUCUGUUCUUUGUAUGCCUUCUCUAGUUGUGUAAUGGUUUUGUGUGUUCUGAGUGUGAAUUUAAAGUAAAGUUCGUAAUUGAAAUAAGAACAUUGCUCCACUUGAAGCAUGGCUUUUUGUGUUUAUCUAUAUAUUAUAUUCAAAAUAAUUCAAC